UCCAAGAUGGCGGGAUCCAGGCAGAGGGGUACCCUGGCUGGAGCUCGGCCGCUCUUCUGCACUCUGCUGCUGUCGCUCUGUCGUUUCGUCGGGGGCGACGGCGUGGGAGGCGACCCCGCGGCUGCCGGCGCCACGGCCACGCUAGGCGCGCAGCCGCAUCGGCGUUUCGAGUACAAAUACAGCUUCAAGGGACCGCACCUGGUGCAGAGCGACGGGACCGUGCCCUUCUGGGCCCACGCGGGGAAUGCUAUUCCAAGUUCAGAUCAAAUUCGAAUAGCACCAUCUUUAAAAAGCCAGAGAGGAUCAGUGUGGACAAAGACAAAAGCAGCCUUUGAGAACUGGGAGGUUGAGGUGACAUUUCGAGUGACUGGAAGAGGUCGAAUUGGAGCUGAUGGCCUGGCAGUUUGGUAUGCAGAAAAUCAAGGCUUGGAGGGUCCUGUGUUUGGAUCAGCUGAUAUGUGGAAUGGUGUUGGAAUAUUUUUUGAUUCUUUUGACAAUGAUGGAAAGAAAAAUAAUCCUGUAAUAGUGAUUAUAGGCAACAAUGGACAAAUCCAAUAUGACCAUCAAAAUGAUGGCGCUAAUCAAGCUUUAGCAAGUUGCCAGAGGGACUUUCGUAAUAAACCCUAUCCUGUCCGGGCAAAGAUUAUAUAUUACCAGAAAACAUUGACAGUAAUGAUCAAUAAUGGCUUCACACCAGAUAAAAAUGAUUAUGAAUUUUGCGCCAAAGUGGAGAAUAUGAUUAUCCCAGCACAGGGGCAUUUUGGAAUAUCUGCUGCAACUGGAGGUCUUGCAGAUGACCAUGAUGUCCUUUCUUUUCUGACUUUCCAAUUGACUGAGCCUGGGAGAGAGCCACCUACACCAGAUAAAGAAAUUUCUGAAAAAGAAAAAGAGAAGUACCAGGAGGAAUUUGAGCACUUUCAACAAGAAUUGGAUAAAAAAAAGGAGGAAUUCCAGAAGGACCACCCUGACCUUCAAGGGCAGCCUGCAGAUGAAUUAUUUGAGAGUGUAGGAGAUCGUGAGCUAAGACAAAUCUUUGAAGGACAGAAUCGUAUUCAUCUUGAAAUCAAGCAGCUGAACCGACAGUUAGAUAUGAUUCUUGAUGAACAGAGAAGAUAUGUCUCUUCCUUGACGGAGGAGAUCUCUAAAAGAGGAGCAGGAAUCCCAGGGCAGCAUGGACAGACCACUCAACAAGAACUGGAUACUGUUGUGAACGCUCAGCAUGAGAUUCUGAGACAAGUAAAUGAAAUGAAGAAUUCCUUGAGUGAUACUGUCAGACUGGUCAGUGGCAUACAGCAUCCUGGAUCUGCAGGGGGUGUUUAUGAGACAACCCAGCACUUCAAUGACAUCAAAGAGCACCUCCACAUAGUCAAGCGGGACAUAGAUAAUUUAGUGCAGCGAAAUAUGCCAUCAAAUGAAAGACCAAAAUGCCCGGAACUGCCACCAUUUCCAUCGUGUUUAUCUACGGUGCACUUCGUUAUAUUUGUAGCGGUACAAACGGUGUUAUUCAUUGGUUAUAUCAUGUAUAGGACUCAGCAAGAAGCAGCUGCCAAAAAAUUCUUUUGACCACCACUGUCAUAUGUGUACAUCAUAGACUCUGAAGAACUGCACUGCAGCAGUACCAAACUAGGACUGCACAUGCGAACAGUCCUAGCCUUUGUCCUGGAACUCUGAACAGGAAUGGUCUAACCAUCACUCGCACCUACGACCACUUCACCAUAGAACUGCUUUGCUAGUAUUUUUCCUUCUAGUGUUAACACUUUGAAAUUCAUAUUUCAGAGACAUCAUCAUCCCAGAAUUUACUUUUAUUCCAUGAAAAAAAAUUAAUACCUUCAGAAGACUGGUUCAGUUGUAGACUAUGAAAUCCUCUUGAGAUAAAAAGGCUGCAAAAUAUCCAGUAUUAGAAAAUCCAUGGUCACGUGUGCCUGAACUAAAGGAAUGUUAGAUUUAUGCAGUGUAUGUUUUCCAGGCUAAAAUUCAAGAGGAAUCAUUCUGAUCAUUCCUAAUACAAGUGAAGACAAAAGAGAGUGAGCAUGAACGUUGUUUCUUGCUUACUAAUUUAAUUUGCUAAAAAUCACUCAGUAAAUGGGUUCAUACAACUUAUCAUAUUAUUGGAAAUUUGGUUUGUUUUCCUCAAAAUUGACUUUAGCUCAUUUCUGUAGAAAAUGUUUGCUCUAGGAAAAAAAUCAAUCACUGCCAGGAUUCUUUCAUUUCUGUACUAUUUUAUAUAAUUGAAUUUAACUUCUCUCACACCAGCAAGUAUUUUACAGGUGCCUUGGAUUAAAACAAAAUUGAUCUUACAAUUUUAGUGUAAGUCUUUGUGCUUAUGCCACUUUAAAAAAGAAAUGCAAUUAUAUUCAAUAUAAUGGUUAAUACUCUUAUUUAAUGUAUCUGUGUUCUGAUUGUUUGAAUGUUUUAUUCAGCUUGAAACUCUACUAUGAGGCCACAAUAUUUUGUUGUGUAUUAAAGGGAUAAUAGUGUUUCUCAAAGUGUAGUCUGUGGUCCAUCUGGAUCCUGGAGUGCUUGUUAAGAAUACAGAUUCCAGGGCUCCAUUCCAAACCACCUGAAGCAAAACUCGGGGGGGGUGGGGGUGGGAGGGGAAUUCAGAGUAUCAGUUUAUAGCAGGCGCCUCAGGUGAUUCUGAGCACAGUACUGUUUGAGAACCACUAAGAUGGGGGGUGAAAAAAAUAGGUCUCUUGAUACCUUAAAGCUGAGCUGAGAGCUAAUAUAACAUUUUCAUUGUCAAUGACAUUAGCAAAUGUGCACUGAUUCUCUUAUACUUAAAAUGUAUUACUUAAUGUUCUUUUUACUAAAACUCUGUUUAUUAGCAACUACAAACUUAACCCAGAUUGCUGCCUGUAGCUCUUGGUACUUUGGUUGAUGGCUCUCAGAUGUACAAAAUCAUCUUCAGAUCAUGGGCAAGCCAUGAAAAUCCCCAUCUUCAAGUCAGCCUGCUAAAGCUUUUUGCUUUCCUGAUUGUGAUUUUUGUGACAUUUUAUCUCAGACAAUUGUACUUUUUGAUAACUUGGGGAAAACAAAAAUUACUUGAAUAAAGGAUUGCCUGACCCGCUGCAUUGCAGAGAUACAAUCUUUGUAAAGAACAUAAAUGACGGUUGUGAAUAUUAAGGUGUGAUUAUCUUUUCCUGUCCAUGUGCUUAUGGCAGGGAGAUAGUGAACAAAUGAUUAUAUUGGGGAUUUUUUAAUGUAUAAGAUCUCAUGUAAAAUCACCACUUGCAACUUUUUAGAUCUGUGUGUUGCCUGUUUAAUAUAUUUCUUUUAAAGUUUAAAAGGGUUUUCUAUCCACUGUUAAUUUCAAUUGGAUAACAUUUUGUUGUGUUUUUUUCUGAAUGUUAAUUUGAUGCUAGCUGGUAUUCAAGAAAUGACAUUGACCUUAUUCAAAUA